UUUAAAUCAGCACAGCCAGCAAAGGAUCGGACCGGACGCAACUUUUGUUUGAACAAACGCACCUUUUUGUAUCAACCAAAAAAUGGCUGUUUCGUGGUCUGCUGAGGAAGUACAGACGUUCCUCUCGUUGAUAGCCGAGGAGCGGAUCCAGCGAGAGCUUGAUGGGGCGACGCGGAAUGAAAAAGUUUUUCAGGAGGUCGCUAAGCUCUUGGCCGCACACGGCUACCACCGGACCUACAAACAGUGUAGGGACAAGUUAAAAAAACUGAAGAGCGACUACAGAAGCAUAAAGGACCACAACAGCCGGAGUGGUUCAAACAGACGGUCAUGGAAGUGGUUCGACCAAAUGGACGCAAUCUACGGAGGUAGACCAACGAGCAUUGGGAGGGAGGGUGCCCUGGACUCGGCCACGCCAUUGUUGGAGAACACGAUCGAGGAUGACUCAUUGUCUACGAUCGAUUCACUUGCACUUUCUCUAUGCAACGACGAGUCCUCUUCCCAACCGGUGCUAACAGCGUCUCCACCACGACCGCCAACACCAUCAACAUCAACCUCCAGCUGCACGACAACACCGCAGCGUGUGGUAACAGGAAAGAGGAAACGGAGCCUGCACCAUCAGGAACAUCUUGCAGUAUUACGAGAGAUGCAGGUAGCAGACAUUCAGCAGCAGGAGCUGAACCGUGCCCAGAGGGAGCGCCACUUGCAGAUGGCACUUGACUAGGCCAGUCAAGCGAGGGAGCAGGAAGCGGCCUUGAGGGCAGAGGAACACUCUCAAACGGCUGCUUUCAAUCAAGCCUUCCUCAACGUCAUGGGGAUGCUCGUCCAGGCAAUGAGUAGCCGACGGGAAUAGAACUCUCUCGCCGACUAAUGCCAUAGGCAUUUGUGUUUUUAUCUGUGUUUGUUUUUUUACUUUGAUAAUGUUUGCACAACCGAAUAGCUGCCAUCAUCGGUGAGACCGCUGUUAUUGGCGUUUGUGCAGAAGGUGAUACAGAACUUUUGUCUGUACCAGCUUCAGAAGGUAUGCUGGCAUGUGAUAAAUUAUAGAUUAUCGAAACCGAGUGUCGUUUUAAGACGCAAGCCAGGCCCCGGGUGAUGACCUCUCGAUCCCCCUCCGGUCUUCGAGAUCUCCACCUGGAACCGCUUCGCUCCCCUCCGCGAGACGGAACACGACGCUGUGAUCGUCGGAGACUCCAUCGUCCGGCACGUCCGUGCUACGUUAGCUGAAGGUAAAGUGCACAUUCACUGUUUCCCUGGUGCUCGUGUUCUUGAUGUUUCUGCGCAGAUACCCAUGAUCCUGAAGGGCGAUGAGAGCAUCGGCACUGUCGUGCUGCACGUGGGGGUUAACGACACCAAGCUGCGGCAGACGGAGACACUGAAGAGGGACUUCAGGAGCCUGAUCGAGACGGUACGCAGCACAUCGCCUGCGACGACGAUCAUCGUGUCAGGACCGCUUCCCACAUAUCGACGAGGACACGAAAGGUUCAGUAGACUUUUUGCUUUAAACGAAUGGUUGUUGUCAUGGUGUAAAGAACAGAAACUGCUCUUUGUUAAUAAUUGGAAUCUUUUCUGGGAGCGUUCUUGGCUUUUCCGUGCUGAUGGCCUGCACCUCAGCAGAGUCGGAGCGGAACUCCUGUCGGACAACAUCUCCAGAACGCUACGCUCCAUCUGACUAUAAACAAGAAUUACUGAAGCGUCAGUCUGGAUCCAACCCUUAAAAAGAUCCGAGAUGACCAAACACCUGAGAAGAGAUGAUGGCAACACCUCAGAGGACCACGGAGGAUGCCAACCCUCCGACAACAUACACAAUUACCCAGUUAAUUCUGUCAUAACUUAAAUAUAUUGGGUUUCUUCUGCGUGUAUGUGUAUAUAUAUAUGUGCAUGUGUGCGUAUGUGUAUGCAUAUAUAUAGUAGAAACUUAAUUUCCUGUAAAGCUGCUUUGCAAC